AUGUCUACUAAUCAAGUGACAACCAAUGAUGAUGAAGAAAACAUAGUAACAUGCAGUGAACUACUUGAACAAAUCGAUGAUGAAGAAGCAGAACUAGAUCGAGAACGUGCACUCUAUGGUAAUUGUGAUACGGAUACAUGUACAUACUCACAGGGAUAUGUACACCGGCAAGCUUUAUUUGUUUGCAUGACUUGUUAUAAUAAUAAUAAUGAGCAAUUAGCUGGUGUUUGUGCGGCAUGUGCAUUUCAUUGUCAUAGUAAUCAUGAAGUUAAUGAACUAUAUACGCGACGAUUUUUUCGAUGCGAUUGUGGAAAUUCAAAAUUAAGUCAUCAACCCUGUAAACUUUAUCCAAAUAAAGAUUCAACGAAUGCAGCUAAUAAAUAUGAUGAUAAUUUUCGUGGUUUGUAUUGCACAUGUAAACGUCCGUAUCCAGAUAAAGAAUCAACGACAGGUGAUGAUGAUGCCAUGAUUCAAUGUAUGAUCUGUGAAGAUUGGUUUCACAGUCAACAUUUGGGCGUUCCAUUACCAAUGGAAGAAAAUGAAGCUGAUCAAUCGGACAUGAUAUGUCAAGGAUGUGUAUUGAAAUAUCCAUUUUUAAUUCAUUAUGAUGAAUCUCUUGCAAUUACUUCAUCUCCUGUAGAAAACAAUGCUGCUGCUAGUAAUAGUCCGUCAUGUUUACUUGUUUCAAACAAUAAUAAUAGUCGAGAACUUCGUACCAUUUUUCUACGUGAUGGUUGGAGAAAACGAUUAUGCCGUUGUGUUCAAUGUCAAAAAUUAUAUGAUGAUUCAAACCUUAUGAUCGUAUUUAAUGAUGACGAUGCUAUUCAAGAAUACGAAAAGCAGUCAUUAGCGAAAACUGAAAAUCUAGAUGCAGAUAAAAUCUUAACAGAGUCAUUGAAAAAUCUUGAUCAUGCAAAAAAAUUGGAAGUUUUACAUGGUAUUCAUGAAUUUAAAAAAUCGCUUGGAGAUUUUCUUCGCGAUAAAGCAAAUGGUGAUGGAGUAUUAACAGCUAGUGAUGUCACAACAUUCUUUGCUGGACUACAAGAAAAACGCAAAGAACAACAACGUACAACAUUUAUGCCUCCUGAUAAUUGUAAAUUUUAA